ACACAGCUCCUCAGCCUCCCCUCUCUCACCACUUCCGUUCUCCUCUCUCCCCUUCCAUCUCGGUGUCCCCUUAUCUUUCACUCAAAUGCGCCAUUCAUACACACGCAUUCAUCCAUACCCCCAGCUCUCAUACCGUCCCCGCUCCUCCUCCUUGCUGCCUUGUCUUCCACCGUCGGUCCCUGCCACAGGUGCUUGCCUCCGUGCCCUCUCGCUAGCGCACCACCAGCACACACUGCCCCUAGCUGUUGACAGCACUCCUAACACCUCCAUGCCGCAUUGGCCCUCGCCCCUCUCCGCACUGUGUGUGCCACUCACUGCCCACCAGCCUUCCACUCCCCCACCCCGCUCCUCUUCCUCCUCCACCAUCUCUUCUUCCUCCUCCUCCUCCUCCUCCUCCUCCUCCUCCUCCUCCUCCUCCUCCUCCUCCUCCUCCUCCUCCUCCUCCUACUCCUCCCCCUCCUCCUCCUCCUCCUCCUCCUCCUCCUCCUCCUCCUCCUCCUCCUCCUCCUCCUCCUCCUCCUCCUACUCCUCCUCCUCCUCCUCCUCCUCCUCCUCCUCCUCCUCCUCCUCCUCCUCCUCCUCCUCCUCCCCCUCCUCCUCCUCCUCCUCCUCCUCCUCCUCCUCCUCCUCCUCCUCCUCCUCCUCCUCCUCCUCCUCCUCCUCCCCUUCUUCUCCGUCCUCCCGCAGUCCACACUCCUCAGCCCCUCCAGCCUCUACCAACCGUUCGUCAUAUCAGCUGCAGCCACACUCAUUCCCCCCGACGCCUUUCACUGCGCCCCCACACGUUGCUGACACCCAGGUGGGCUCCCCAUGCCUCCCUGCCUGCCUGCCUGGCCAUCCCUGCCUCUCCCCAUGCCCGCCCGCCCUCACACUCACCACAAGCGGGUGUUCCCGCACGUGCCUUCCAUACCUGCGUUUGCCCAAUGUCCCCAUCUGCUCCCCACCUCGUCCCUCACCCCGUUCCGCAACCAUGCUAUCAGGCAUCCCGUUCCCCAGCCUGCCUCUCCCCCCAUUACAUGAGAUCGCACAGCUGCGGCAAGCAGUGCAGGGGUCACCUGGGGAAAUCUCUCUGCUGUUCCAACGAGGCGUGGCGCUGCUGGGAGCGAUCCGCAACUGGGAGGCCAUUGAUGACUUUAAGGCCGUGCUGCUGCUCUCACCACACCACCACAAUGCACGCGCACACCUGUGCCAGCACUACAACCCCACCACAACCACACCCCACCCAACACUCCCCACCCAACACACCCCACCUCCCCCCUCCACCCAGACUCAACCCCUCCCUUUUUCCUCCCCACCCCCCUCCCUCCAACCCCCUCUCCUCGCCCCCACUCUCCCUUUCUCCCCCCUUCCUCCCCCACUCCCCCCUCCCACCCCCUCUCCCCCCUACGUUUUUCUGCUCACCCGCCAGGCACAGGCACUGCUGGAAGCGGGGCGGUGUGAGGAGGCGGUGGGGGAGCUACAGGCAGUGGUGGCGGCGCAGGGGCAGUACUGGCAGGUGCGCGUGGUGCUGGGACAGGCGCUCAUGGUGGCGGGGCACGCCCAGGAGGCCGAUGCUGCUCUGCAGGCUGUCCUGGCCAUGGAUGCACGGUGCGCAUGGUGGCGGGGGCUAACAUUAACAGGGGCAUCCCCUCCGCACGACGCCGAAUCCACUCUACAGGCUGUCCUGAUCAUGGAUGCACAGUGGGCAGGGAGAGGGGUGCUGGAUGGGGGAAUAUGGAGAGGGGGGAGGGGAGAGGAGGGAGGGAUUGGGUGGACUUUUGGGGGACAGUGGUGGGGAGGAGGGGGUGGUGGGGAGAGGGAGUGUGGGAGAGCGAAGGGAUAUCCAGGCCUCCGUGCCUCCUGUCCGAACCCCCCGUUCCCUUCCCUCUACCCUGCCUGCCACCACUCUCUCCUUCCCUUAUGCUUCUCUCAGCUUAACUGCAUCAUCAUCACAUCUCUAGCAAGCACCUUCCUCUCCCCUCUCAGCCCAUCCAUGCCCCAUCCCUCCUUUCCUAUGGUAUCAGACCAUUCUUCUCUUCUCUGUGCUAUUCUUCACAUGCCUUCAUGCGUGCACAGUAUCACUGCCUGCACAGCACUGCACCCGCCCAUCUCAUGCUCCCCUGUCCCUAUGCGCCCAUCGCAUGCAUGCCUCCCACUGUGCCAUCCCACUGUGCCAUCCCUCCUUGCCAUCCCCACCGUGCUUAUCCCACAGCACCGUUCUAUCCACAGCACAACACUCAGCACCUUGCUGCUCCUUGCAGCCAUUCGUGCACUCCUGGAUUUGCCAUGCCAUCCUGCGGCCCUCGCCCACCGCACUCCCCUCACAUUUCCCUCUCCCCACACUGUCCGCCUGCCUGUGCUGCCAUGGCAUGGCAUGGCAGCACUGCUCAUUUCACUGCUCAUCCCACUGCUCAUCCCACUGCUCAUCCCACUGCUCAUCCCACUGCUCAUCCCACUGCUCAUCCCACUGCUCAUCCCACUGCUCAUCCCACUGCUCAUCCCAUUGCUCAUCCCACUGCUCAUCCCACUGCUCAUCCCACUGCUCAUCCCACUGCUCAUCCCACUGCUCAUCCCACUGCUCAUCCCACUGCUCAUCCCACUGCUCAUCCCACUGCUCAUCCCACUGCUCAUCCCACUGCUCAUCCCACUGCUCAUCCCACUGCUCAUCCCACUGCUCAUCCCACUGCUCAUCCCACUGCUCAUCCCACUGCUCAUCCCACUACUCAUUUCCACAGCUCAACCCACUGCUCAUCCCACUGCUCAUCCCACUGCUCAUCCCACUGCUCAUCCCACUGCUCAUCCCACUGCUCAUCCCACUGCUCAUCCCACUGCUCAUCCCACUGCUCAUCCCACUGCUCAUCCCACUGCUCAUCCCACUACUCAUUUCCACUGCUCAUCCCACUGCUCAUCCCACUGCUCAUCCCACUGCUCAUCCCACUGCUCAUCCCACUGCUCAUCCCACUGCUCAUCCCACUGCUCAUCCCACUGCUCAUCCCACUGCUCAUCCCACUGCUCAUCCCACUGCUCAUCCCACUGCUCAUCCCACUGCUCAUCCCACUGCUCAUCCCACUACUCAUUUCCACUGCUCAUCCCACUGCUCAUCCCACUGCUCAUGCCACUGCUGCCACUGCUCAUGCCACUGCUGUUUGUUACUCCCCCCAUUCCCCUCAUCCCCUCUUCCCCUCUUCCCCCACACCUCACCCCCUCUCCCCUUUACCCCCUCACUCGUUCUCCCCAUCCCUUCCCCACACACCACCACCACCACACCACCACCACCACCACCCACACAGGAAGCAUGGAGCAAGCGCCUGCCUCCCUCUGUGCUCUCUCCUGGCUACGAGCUCCAAUAGGAAGGGCACACACAUGGUGGCACAAAAGGGGUUUCAAGACGUUUCAAAACUUCUUUCCAUCCCCUUCCCUUCUCCACACACACACAUUACCACUAACAUCACCGCUGGUGCAGGAAGCAUGGAGCAAGCGCAUGCCGCCCUCCGUGCUCUUCCCCGGCUACGAGCUCCAGAAGGAAGGGCGCGCACAUGGUGGCACAAAAAGGGCAGGCACAGGAGGGGAGGAUGAUGCGGUGCUGCCGCCCGCUGUGCUGCAGCUGGUGGGGGCGGCUGAGAAGCUGGGCGCACUCAUAGUGUACGACUGGCACGGAUUUCUGCCCAACAUGCGCCAGUACCGCAUGGCAGAGCUGGCAAUGAUGGACAUUCUUUCAGGCGCCUUAACAAGUCUAUCCCCUCCCUCUCCUCCCUCUCCUCCCUCUCCCCUCCUUCUCCCCUCCUUCUCUCCUCCUUCUCUCCUCCUUCUCUCCUCCUUCUCUCCUCCUUCUCUCCUCCUUCUCUCCUCCUUCUCUCCUCCCUCUCCCCUCCUUCUCUCCUCCUUCUCUCCUCCUUCUCUCCUCCUUCUCUCCUCCUUCUCUCCUCCUUCUCUCCUCCUUCUCUCCUCCUUCUCUCCUCCCUCUCCCCUCCUUCUCUCCUCCUUCUCUCCUCCUUCUCUCCUCCUUCUCUCCUCCCUCUCCCCUCCUUCUCUCCUCCUUCUCUCCUCCUUCUCUCCUCCUUCUCUCCUCCCUCUCCCCUCCUUCUCUCCUCCUUCUCUCCUCCUUCUCUCCUCCGUGUGUAAUGAGAGCGAGCAGCAUGCAACACUGGACACGCCACUCAUGAACGGGCAGUCCAUCAACGCACGCUACUCGCCCUACUACAACCGCCGCCGCCCCUCCUCUGCUCUAUCUUGCCUCUCCUCUGCUCUAUCUUGCCUCUCCUCUGCUCUAUCUCGCCUCUCCUCUGCUCUAUCUCGCCUCUCCUCUGCUCUAUCUCGCCUCUUCUCUGCUCUAUCUCGCCUCUCCUCUGCUCUAUCUCGCCUCUCCUCUGCUCUAUCUCGCCCCUCCUCUGCUCUAUCUCGCCUCUCCUCUGCUCUAUCUCGCCUCUUCUCUUCUCUAUCUCGCCUCUCCUCUGCUCUAUCUCGCCUCUCCUCUGCUCUAUCUCGCCCCUCCUCUGCUCUAUCUCGCCCCUCCUCUGCUCUAUCUCGCCUCUUCACUGCUUUAACUCGACCUCUCUGCGGCUCUUUCCUCUUCCUUUCCUCUUUUCGUUUGUCCAUCCCGUCCGUUCUGCUGGCAUGGAACGGCAUGCUGGCAGUGGCAGGGAGUGUGGAGGAGGUGUGGGCAGUGGCAGGUGGAGACUCAUGGGCCACCAUUCCCUGCCAUAGCACCGCAUCCCCUGGGCCCACGUACUACCGGCUGUCCAUCAACGUGUUUGUUACGCAGCAGCGCAUCCAGCAGUACAACCACGAGAUGGACGCCGCAUGGAAGCUGCUCUUCUUUUCUCUCUGCACCUUCCCCCUUUCCCUCCCCCAGAGACUCUGCCCUCACAGGUACCAGUACAGGCCAUUGACCCGCGGCACGGCCAUGGUGGGGUAUGUCAGUGGUAGGUACCAGUACGGGCCAUUGACCCGCGGCACGGCCAUGGUGGGGUAUGUCACCAUGCUGGGGCUGUUCCUGGCAGCGGACAUGCAGGUCACAGCAAAUGCACCACGGGGAUUUCAGGUUGACUGGGAGGCUAUCCUCUCCCCGCACGUGGACUCCUUCAUAGCUGCUGUCUCUCCAUGGCUCGUUCCCUCCAUCGAUUAUGACUGCCCCAUCUUUCACAACCUCUCCUCAGCACCAAUUGCUGAGUCACUUCCGUCUCUCCAGCACGUGAUCCACGCUCUCAGCUACUCUGACAAACCUGCUCCUGCUUUUUGA